GGAGGGCGGUGGAGGAGCGCCGGGAGGAGGGCGAGGGGAGGGAGGAGGCGCCCGCCCGGCUCCCUGCAAAGCGGCCUUAUUUAUCUGGGCACAGCCAUAGCCUCCCCGGUGGGAGGCUCGGGCGGCCGAUCCUCUCCCACCGGGGAGCUCCUCUCGGGGGUCAGCGGAGGGGCCCGGCCAGGCCGGACGCGGGGCGCGGGGCGCGGCCGGGCCCUGCCUGCCAGGCCAGCACUCGGUCGCCUCCUCGCCUCGCCGGUGCCCAUGCCGGGCUCCCCAUGACGGGAGGACGCCCGGUGGACAGCGUGGCAUGAGCCAGGAGCCCGGGCCGAGCCCGAGCGGGGAAGAUGUCGAGCCCGGGCGUCGACGGCGACCCCAAGCCUCCAUGCUUGCCUCGCAAUGGCCUGGUGAAGCUGCCGGGCCAGCCCAAUGGCCUGGGCGCAGCCAGCAUCACCAAGGGCACGCCAGCUGCCAAGAACCGCCCUUGCCAGCCACCCCCGCCCACCCUCCCACCACCCAGCCUGGCUGCCCCACCGCCCCGGGCUGCUCUGGCCGGGGGCCUGUGCCCCCAGGCAGGGCUCCCCCUUGGUGGACCAGCCUUAGCCCCAGUGCCUGGGCCCCCAGCAGAGCGACCGCCCCUGGCCACAGAUGAGAAGAUCCUCAAUGGCCUCUUCUGGUACUUCUCGGCCUGCGAGAAGUGUGUGCUGGCGCAGGUGUGCAAGGCCUGGAGGCGUGUGCUCUACCAGCCCAAGUUCUGGGCGGGCCUCACGCCUGUGCUGCACGCCAAGGAGCUCUACACAGUGCUGCCUGGAGGUGAGAAGGAGUUCGUGAACCUGCAGGGCUUUGCAGCACGUGGCUUUGAGGGUUUCUGCCUGGUCGGCGUCUCUGACUUGGACAUCUGUGAGUUCAUUGACAACUACGCGCUCUCCAAGAAGGGUGUCAAAGCCAUGAGCCUCAAGCGUUCCACCAUCACUGAUGCCGGCCUGGAGGUGAUGCUGGAGCAGAUGCAGGGUGUGGUGCGCCUGGAGCUGUCAGGUUGCAACGACUUCACCGAGGCUGGGCUGUGGUCCAGCCUGAGUGCGCGGAUCACCUCGCUGAGCGUGAGCGACUGCAUCAACGUGGCCGACGACGCCAUCGCGGCCAUCUCGCAGCUGCUGCCCAACCUGGCUGAGCUGAGCUUGCAGGCCUACCACGUGACGGACACAGCCCUGGCCUACUUCACAGCGCGCCAGGGCCACAGCACGCACACGCUGCGCCUGCUCUCCUGCUGGGAGAUCACCAACCAUGGCGUGGUCAACGUGGUGCAUAGCCUGCCCAACCUCACCGCGCUCAGCCUCUCUGGCUGCUCCAAGGUCACGGACGACGGCGUGGAGCUCGUGGCAGAGAACCUGCGGAAGCUCCGCAGCCUCGACCUCUCCUGGUGCCCACGCAUCACUGACAUGGCGCUCGAGUAUGUGGCCUGCGACCUGCAUCGCCUGGAGGAGCUCGUGCUGGACAGGUGUGUACGCAUCACGGACACUGGCCUCAGCUAUUUGUCCACCAUGUCGUCCCUCCGCAGCCUCUACCUGCGAUGGUGCUGCCAGGUGCAGGACUUCGGGCUGAAGCACCUCCUGGCCAUGAGGAGUCUGCGUCUCUUGUCUCUGGCAGGCUGCCCGCUGCUGACCGCCACCGGGCUGUCGGGCCUGGUGCAGCUGCAGGACCUGGAGGAGCUGGAGCUGACCAACUGCCCCGGAGCCACCCCCGAGCUCUUCAAGUACUUCUCGCAGCACCUGCCCCGCUGCCUCGUCGUCGAGUAGUCGGGGCCUCCCCGCCCUCGGCCCCUCGCUCUCCUCCCCGCCCCGCCCCGAGCAAGGAGGGCGGCGGGCGGGCCAGCCCCGCGCACGCACGCACGCACGCUCGGGGAAUUUGUGCAUGCCCCUCGCGCCCGCAACUGCACGCCCGCCCUUCGCCACGCCACAGUCGCCUCCAUCGUUCGCCCGCCCGCCGGAGGCGGAGCGCUGGGGCUCGGUCCUGGGGGCGCUUUGAGCUCGCCAGACGGCCCCUACCGCCUUCUCCGCCACACCCCGCUCUGUCUCCCCACCCCGGGCAGGGCCCAGGGGGAUUGAGGGGAGCUGGGUCCCGCAUCUUCCACUGCACCGCGCCUGGAGCCCUCCGAGGGGUGCGAGGGGAAACAGGCCGCCGCCAAAGCCAUGGCCCGCCCAGGAGCCCAAGUCUCACCCGCCCUUCCCCCACUCAUGCCAGCCUGACCCCCAGCGACCUCCCCUCUUCCUUGCCGCUGUGUGAGAGAGGCCCGGCUCGCCCCACCCCACCCACAGACCUAAGGUCCUUGGACCCUGGCCAGGCUAGGGCAGAAAUGGAUUAGGAGAGGGGCCACCAGGCUGACAGUGACCUUGGCAUAAUCAACAUUAGCCCAGCUGGCUCCAGUCCACCUCAAUCUGAGAGGCCUGCAGCUGGAGCGACCAUUAGGGCCUGCAGGCCUUGGGAGCAGUCCUGAGUGGACCCUGCCCUGCAACCCCUGUAGCCAGCUGGGCCCAGGCCCCUCAGUGCAACACUUCAUCCUGGGCAGGUCUCCACCAGGUGGAAGCUGGGAAAGGGGGCCCUAGCCAGUGACCAAUCUUCCAGUGACCAGCUCCCCCUCAACACCCAAAGGGAGGGCUCCUUUCUAGCCACAGCCUCCCUCUCCCCAGCUUCCCAGACUUCUACCUGCCCACGUGGGCACACCGUGUUCUGUCUAGUCCCAGCACAUCGGGAAGUCCUGGGGUGCUGGCCCAUCUUGGCGAUUGCUGAGGAGGGGGCUGGGACCCCUUUCCAUCCCAACCUUGAGCACCCACACCCUAUCUUGGGACACUCCCCACCCCCCAAUCUGGUUGGAAGAGAGUAGCCAGUUUCCAGAGAGCCAGAGAGUGACAGAGAGAGAGAGAGAAAGAGCGAGCGAGAGAUGCUGUUGAAGAGAGUUCAACAGCCCAAAGAUUUCCCUGCCCCUGGAGUGCUGGCCAGAGGCUCCAGGGCUGAGAUGGUCAGGAGCCAGUUUCUUCAGCCCCUCCUCCCCACAGCUCCUAGUGGGGAGGGGCAGCUGUCCAUUUGUCCAAAGUAUUAAUGCAACUGAAGCUGUGAUAUUUCCAACGACUGUAGGAGGAAAAAUUAGGGGGACAGAGGAAAACAAAACCAACCAACCCCUAAAAUCAUUUUCUUAUUGUACAUAACGACCUCAUUCUCCUGUAUAUGCGGAAGAUAUAACCUUAUAUUUGGUAAGUGUUUCUUGUGCUAUUUUAUCACGUGACCUGUUUAUAAAAAUAUAUAUUAAAAAAGUUGUAAAAACA